GUGGGGGGGAUCGGGAAGCGAGGAAAUCCUCGGGGAGGUUCCCCGAGGGACGGCGGCAGCCUGGCCGGGCCCGAGCGCUGCCCGCGGUGGGGAGGGGAUAGCGGGGCGGACCCGGAGGACAUGGAGGGCGAGGGGCCCCCGUCAUGGCGGGGUCCCGGCGGGGCCGUGCGGGAGCUGUGCCGCACCUUCGCCCACUACAACCGGCACCUGGCGCGGCUGCAGCACAACCUGCGAGAGACCAAGAGGUUCUUCCGCGACGUCAAGUUCUCCCAGGGACAUCCCUUCGCCUCGGCGCCUGCCGGUGACGGCCCCCCCUCCGCCGGGGACGGGGGUCCCGGGGACGGCGGCCCCGUCUCGUUCCCGCCGCACGAGGAGGAGCAGCUGCAGCGCUCGGUGAGCUGGCGGCCCUGCCUGCUGAUCCUGGGCCAGAGCUGCAGCGCCAAGGGCCGGCUGCUGAACACCCUGCUGGGCCAGGAGCUGCUGCCCGUGCCCGGGGCUGCCACCGAGGAGCCACUGCCCGUCCAUGGGGCUGGAACUGAGGAACUGCUGCCCAUUCCCGGGGCUGGGACUGAGGAACCACUGCCCGUCCCCAGGGAUGGCACUGAGGACCUGCUGCCCGGCCAUGGGGCUGGAACUGAGGAGUCACUGUCUGGCCCCAGGGCUGGGACUGAGGAGCUGCUGCCCGUCCCCAGGGAUGGAACUGAGGAGAUGCUGCCCGUCCAUGGGGCUGGAACUGAGGAACUGCUGCCCAUCCCUGGGACUGACACCGAGGAGCCACUGCCCGUCCCCAGGGCUGACAUCGAGGAGCUGCUGCCCGUCCAUGGGGCUGGAACUGAGGAACUGCUGCCCAUCCCCAGGGAUGGCACCGAGGAGCUGUUGGUCCCCAGGGCUGCCAUCAUGGAGUCACUGCCCAUCCCUGGGGCUGGCACCGAGGAGCCACUGCCCACGUCUGGGACUGCCACCAUGGAGCCACGCCCCGUCCCCAGGGCUGGCAGCGAGGACCCUCUGCCCGUCUCCAGGGCUGGCACCGAGGACCCUCUGCCUGUCCCCAGGACUGCCACCAUGGAGCCACUGCCCGUCCCCAGGGCUGGCAGCGAGGAGCGCUGCCGGCGCCGCCGUGUCCGCCUCACUCACGGGGCGCGGACGCGGCUGAGCCUGGCGCUGCCCGGGCAGUACGAGCUGGUGCAGGCGCUGGCAGCGCACCGCGGCCACUGGGACACCAUCCCCGAGCAGGACCUGCAGGUGCCCGGGGACGCCGAGGACCCCGCGCAGAGGGUGGCAGAGCUGGAGGUGGCGCUGCCCCACGCGCUGCUCAAGGAAGUGGACAUCGUGGUGGCUCCGUGCCGAGGCUUCCAGCCAGCCGAGGCCACCCUGGCCGAGCUUGUCAACCAAGUGCUGCCCGUUGUCACCUUCGCCAUCAGCCAGCCCCAGCUGUCCCCAGCCGACCGGGCAGAACUGCAGGAACUCAAGGACAAAUUCUCCCUCCCCAUCUUCUUCCUGCGAGUCCCCAGCAGCGAGGAGAACUCUCCCAACCCCUCCUCCAAGGACAAAUCCCUUCUGCACUCCCAGCUGCUGGAACUGGGCUACCUGAACCCCUGCGGCGACCGCGGUGGCAACGCCGGCUCCGCGCUGGCAGAACAACCGGAAAAACUUCGUCUGCUGAGCUCCUUCUGCAGGCAGGUGCUGCAGAAACACCUGGUGGGAGCCGCCACGGCGCUGAGCGAGGUGCACGGGCGCUGCCUCAACAUCUUCAUCAACCAGGCGUUCGACAUGCAGCGCGACCUGCAGAUCACGCCCAAGCGCCUGGAGUACACGCGCAGGAAGGAGAGCGAGCUCUACGAGUCGCUGAUGGGCAUCGCCAACCGCAAGCAGGAGGAGAUGAAGGAGAUGAUCGUGGACACGCUGGGCAGCAUGAAGGAGCAGCUGCUGGAGGAUGCUGCCAGCAUGGAGUUCCGAGACAUCAUCAUCCCCGAGAACGGCGAGCCGGUCAGCUCGCGGGACGUGCAGCGCUGCAUGCAGCAGAUCCAGGAGCUGAUCAUCUCGCGGCUGAACCAGGCCGUGGCCAGCAGGCUGACCAGCUCCGUGGACUACCUGCGCGAGAGCUGCGUGGGCACCCUGGAGCGCUGCCUGCGCAGCCUCGAGCGGUCCCGGGAGGGCCCCGCGCCGCCGGCCCGCGGCAGGGACGGAGCCACGCACGUCACCAGCAACUAUCUCAAACAGAUCCUGAAUGCAGCUUAUCACGUGGAGGUGACUUUCCACUCGGGCUCGACGGUGACCAGGAUGCUCUGGGAACAGAUCAAACAGAUAAUCCAGCGGCUCACCUGGGUGAGCCCCCCGGCCGUCACGGGGGACUGGAAGCGGAGGGUGGCCCAGGACGCCAUCGAGAGCCUCAGCGCCUCCAAGCUGGCCAAGAGCAUCUGCAGCCAGUUCCGCACGCGCCUCAACAGCUCCCACGAGGCCUUCGCCGCCUCCCUGCGCCAGCUGGAGGACGGCCACUGGGGCCGCCUGGAGAGGACGGAGGACCUGUGGCUGCGGGUGAGGAAGGAGCACGCCCCGCGCCUGGCGCGCCUCUCCCUGGAGAGCCGAUCCCUGCAGGACGUGCUGCUGCACGGGAAGCCGCGGCUGGGCAGGGAGCUGGGCCGGGGCCAGUACGGCGUGGUGUACCUGUGUGACAGCUGGGGGGGACACUUCCCCUGCGCCCUCAAAUCCGUCGUCCCUCCGGAUGAGAAGCACUGGAACGACCUGGCGCUGGAAUUCCACUACAUGAGGUCCCUGCAGUCCCACGAGAGGCUGGUGCACCUGCACGGCUCCGUCAUCGAUUACGGCUACGGGGGAGGCUCCAGCAUUGCUGUGCUGCUGAUCAUGGAGAGGCUGCACAGGGACCUCUACACGGGCCUCAAGGCUGGGCUGGAGUUGGAGCCACGCUUGCAGAUUGCCUUGGAUGUGGUGGAGGGGAUCCGCUACCUGCACAGCCAGGGGUUGGUGCACAGGGAUAUCAAACUCAAAAACGUCCUGCUGGACAAAAAGAACCGGGCCAAAAUCACAGAUUUGGGUUUCUGCAAGCCCGAGGCGAUGAUGUCGGGCAGCAUCGUGGGCACGCCCAUCCACAUGGCCCCCGAGCUCUUCACAGGGAAAUACGACAAUUCCGUGGAUGUCUACGCCUUUGGGAUCCUGUUCUGGUACCUCUGCUCGGGCCACGUGAAGUUACCUGAGGCUUUUGAGAGGUGUGCGAGCAAAGAUCACCUGUGGAACAACGUCAGGAGAGGGGUGCGCCCGGAGCGGCUGCCGGUGUUCGACGAGGAGUGCUGGCAGCUGAUGGAGGCGUGCUGGGCCGGGGACGCGUCGCAGCGGCCGCUGCUGGGCAUCGUGCAGCCCCUGCUGCGCGGCAUCGCCGAGCGCCUGUGCCGCGCCCGCCCCCCGCGCCCCGCCAAGGACGACUCCACCUGAGCGGGGGCCGGGAAUUCAGCCCGGGAAUUCGGGAAUUCAGCCCGGGAAUUCGGGAUUUCAACCCGGGAAUUCCGGCCGCCAGCUCCCAGCCAGCGCCGAGCGGGGACAGGGAGGAGCUCAGAGGGGACUCGGGGAGGGGGUGACAGCUCCAUCCCAACAUUUCAACCCGGGAAUUCGGGAUUUCAGCCCGGGAAUUCGGGAUUUCAACCCGGGAAUUCGGGAUUUCAACCCGGGAAUUCGGGAUUUCAACCCGAGAAUUCCGGCCGCCAGCUCCCAGCCAGCGCCGAGCGGGGACAGGGAGGAGCUCAGAGGGGACUCGGGGAGGGGGGUGACAGCUCCAUCCCAACCCCACCCCGGGGUCCCUCUGGAAUUGUGUGGCCACGGGGGUGGAAAAAUCCCAUUUUUUUGGGAAGAAUCCCUUUUUUUUGGGAAAAAUCCUGACCCUUUGGGGCUCGUGAGGGGGUUUUGCCAGUCCCACCCCGCCCCCGAGCCUCGGGAGUGAUCCACGGGUUGGAAAAAUCCCUUUUUUUGGGGAAAAUCCCGACCCUUUAGGGCUCACAGGGGGGCUUUGUCAAUCCCACCUGGCCCGAGCCUUGGGAACGAUCCACGGGAUGGGAAAAUCCCAUUUUUUUGGGGAAGAUCCCAACCCUUUGGGGCUCGUGAGGGGAUUUUGCCAGUCCCACCCCGCCCCCGAGCCUCGGGAGUGAUCCACGGGUUGGAAAAAUCCCAUUUUUGGGGGGAAAAUCCCAUUUUUUGGGGAAAAUCCCAACCCUUCAGGGCUCACAGGGGGGCUUUGCCAAUCCCACCCCGCCCAAGCUUCAGGAGCAACCCACAGGUUGGAAAAAUCCCAUUUUUGGGGGGAAAAUCCCAUUUUUUGGGGGAAAAAUCCCGACCCUUUGGGGCUCGUGAGGGGGCUUUGCCAAUCCCACCCCGCCCAAGCUUCAGGAGCAACCCACAGGUUGGAAAAAUCCCAUUUUUGGGGGGAAAAUCCCGACCCUUUGGGGCUCGUGAGGGGGCUUUGCCAGUCCCACCUGGCCCGAGCCUCGGGAGUGAUCCACGGGAUGGGAAAAUCCCAUUUUUUUGGGAAAAACCCCAUUUUUUUGGGAAAAAUCCCGACCCUUUGGGGCUCACGGGGGGGGCUUUGCCAAUCCCACCCCUCUCCCGAGCCUCAGGAGUGAUCCACGGGAUGGGAAAAUCCCAAAACUCCUCCCUCGGCCGUUGGCGCCAAUUCCGGAGCGCUGGGAGAGGAAGGAAAAGGCACCAAACUUUAGGAUAAGGAAAUGUUGGGAAGCUCCGAGGAGCUGGAAAUGUUUACAUGGACAGGAGCGAAGCUUCCGUGUUUUUCUACGGGGAUUUGGAAAACCCCGCCUGGAUAAGCUAUUGAUCCCUAAUCCCACCUUUUCCUCCUCUUUUUUUAUUUUUUUUCCCUCUCCUUUGCUUCCUUAAAUUCCUUGGAAUGGCUGGAGAAACCUUCCCUUGCUUCCUUGCUCCUCACAGGUUCCGCUUCGUAGCAGCGCAAAAAUUGAAAUUAUCUUUUUUUUUUUCAUGUGGAAAGUGCCAAAAUCCCUUUAAAAUCAGGAUUUGGGGCUUGGAAUUCAUGGGAAUGUCGUGGCAGUUUUAAACCGGGCUGAGUCUGCACAGGAAUAUUUUUUAAAAAAUGAGGAUUUUCCAGCUGUUUUUCCAAGUUGGGGGGAAAAAAGAUCCUUCCUUCUCUUCCUCACUUUCACUCUGGGGCUGGAAUUUGGGUGGAAAGAAUAAAAAAAUGGGGAUAGGGGAAGAGGGGGAUCCUGGCCAAGGUUGUCUUUCCCAAAUUCUGGCAAUCCCAGUUUGCUUCCUGCAUUUUUGGGGUGGAAUUGGGCUGAUCUGGAGCAGGGAACGCCCCUGGGUGGCUCCAUGAGGAACUGAGGGAGCUGGGAAUUCUCCCUGGAAUGAAAUUCCAGCCGCCCGUGGCCAAGGAUGGGUUUAGUGGGAAUUUUUUUCCUUUCUUUGUGCAAUAAAUGGAUUCAGGAGCUUUUUAUGGAGGACAAAAAAAAUAAAAAAGGCUUUUUUUUGUUC